AUCAACCUUCGUCUUUCACUAAACGUAAACUCGAACCUCGUCCCAAACACCGACUUCGUACGACCUUCUUUCUCUUUUGCAAAAGCAACGCCAAGAGUUCCCCGCUAACCGACUCAGAAAAUUCAUUUGGAAUUCAUUUAACCGUGGCUUCAGGGUGAAGAAGAGUAGGGACUGUUAAGCGUAACUUAUUCUCUCUGGAAUUUUUCUCCCAUUUAACCUUUCUUAUGGUUGGUUUAUAAGAAACCGUUCUUUCCAAAUACGUAAAAAAAUAUGGAUAAUUCCCACGAUCAGCCACUGCCUCCUGGCGUCCAUUCUUUGCCAAACUAUUCAUGUAGCCCAGCUUCUUCAGUGCCAUCAACCCCAUGCCCUCCCCAACAUUGUGAUAACACUGUGACACCUCAGUAUCAAUCUAACUACCCAGGAAAUUGCUUCUUUCCCCUUCCUUCUAAUUCAACCUUCACUCCUACUCAAAGCUCAUAUACACUUAGUAGUCCAUUGAAUCAGUAUAAUGUUUCUCCAAAUGCUCCUCAUUCAUCAGGCCAAAUCCCCAGAAACUCUCAGAAUGGCUAUGCUUCUCAAUCGAGUUUAGUCCAACAAGGUGCUGAUCUCAUUGAGCAGCAACCACAAGACCAAAACAAAAUAGGUGAGAAAAUUCCUCAGCAUAAGGAUAAUAUAAUGACUCAAGAAGUGGGCCAUGUUCUUGGAAAUGAUAAUGCAUCUACCAGCUACUCCAGAUCACAUGUUGAAAAUUCCAAUGACUUUGAAACUGCUGCUCAGGAUGCUGUGUUGCGUGAACAGGAAAUCGCCACCCAAAAUGUCAUACAAAAUCAAAGAGAGGCAAGAGGCGCUGGUGGAACUUCUAAGGAUGGUAAAGACAUUUUCUCAGAACGUCGUGACCACAAUGCUCUAAAGGAACAUCUGCUGAAGAUGACUUCGCAACAUCGUGCUGAAAUGGCUUUAAAGCGGGGGAAGCCUAGCCUUCCUGAAGAAGGUAACAUGGAAAUUGGAAAUGGUUAUGGUGUACCAGGUGGAGGUGCUUAUUAUGGUGCUCCUAACCCUAAUAUUGAUACCCCCACUGACUCAAAAGAAUUGCCUGAGUACCUUAAGCAGAAGUUGAAAGCAAGGGGUAUUCUUAAAGAUGAUACAGAAAAAGGCUCGCUUAAGUUGGAGACUACUACAACUCAACUUGUGGAUAAUGGAAAGUUACAUCCCGGAUGGGUAGAGGCGAGAGACCCCGCUAGCGGUGCUUCAUAUUAUUACAAUAACUACACUGGGAAGAGUCAGUGGGUAAGGCCUGUUGAAACGUCUAUCACACAGAAUCCGUCGCUUUCAUCUUUUGCAGAGGGUUGGAUAGAGGCUUUUGAUGAAACAACAGGUCAUAAAUAUUAUUACAAUACAAAGACCCAUGUAUCACAAUGGGGGCAUCCUGAUUCUUCACUGCAGGUCGCUUCACAACAUUGUGACAGGAUGGUUCCCACAAGUUCAGCUGAUGCAAAUUGGGAUGAUCAACCACCCGAACAAAAGAAAUGCAUGGGAUGUGGUGGCUCAGGAGUAGGCCCUGUCCAGAUGUCAGGUUGCUGCAUUCAUUGCACAGGAAAUGCAGCUGAUUUGGAUCAGAAUGACCAAUCAUCUGAGCUAAAGAAGUGCAUGGGGUGUGGUGGUUGGGGUGUAGGCCUUGUGCAGAUGUGGGGUUACUGCAAACAUUGCACACGCAGUCUCAAUCUUCCACAAUGCCAGUACUUGUCUACCAGUUCGGGUAACCAACAUCAGACCAACAAUUCUGGAAGCACCAAAGAAGAUUCUGACAAAAAGGCUUCUAUACAGAGGUCCAAUUGGAGACCUCCAAUGAGGAAAGGAAGUAGAGGAGGAAGCAAGAAACGUGCUUAUACUGAGGAUGAUGAGUUGGAUCCUAUGGACCCAAGUUCUUAUUCUGAUGCUCCUCGUGGUGGCUGGGUUGUGGGCCUAAAAGGAGUGCAGCCUCGAGCAGCUGAUACCACUGCCACGGGUCCUCUCUUUCAACAGCGUCCAUACCCAUCACCAGGAGCAGUCUUGCGAAAAAAUGCCGAAAUUGCUUCACUAACAAAGAAAUCCAGUUCUCAUUUUGCACCUAUAUCCAAGAAAGGGGACGGUAGUGAUGGACUUGGUGAUGCUGAUUGAGAUUGCAGUGCGAGUGUGAGUGCAGUAAACUUCAUUUUGGUUCUGGUGUAUUCAGCGAGUGGGACAAGUGUGUAAUACAUUUGUCUUGUUUUUACUUUAGGGACUCCAGAUUUAUCGAUGUAUAGGAGAAUGUUUAUGGAGUCUUCGCUGCAAGUAUCCAGCAGAUGGAUGAUUGUUCGGUUGCUUAAGAAAUGGCCAAGAGGUUGGUUGUAUUUUGUAACAUGUUGCCUCAUUGAUGCCUCUUAAGCAUCUUGGCUGCAUCGAACAAUCAUUUGGGUGGAAUUUGGUGGUUAACUUGGCAUGUCGUCUGCAUGUUGCUGAGUUGGGCAGAUCAAGAAUAUUUCUUUUUUGAAGGUUAUUUUUUACUUUUUUC